AUGGAAAUUAUGGAGACAGCAUCAGUAAAACCUUCAUUUAAUUGUAGCAUUACUUGCAAAUAUCACCAAGAGGAAACUUUUCUUUGUAUUUGCAUGGAAAAAAUUUGUUAAAAAAGGUAUGAGCUAUGCUGCAUAAAGUGCUAAGAAGAAAGACAUGUUAAUCAUAGUCUACUAUCUCUCUCAAAGUUUUUUGAAGUAUACAAUAAUGAGAGAGAGAAAUACUUUCAUGGAUUAGAUAAUUAAAUAUAAAAACUUAUUGAAUCUUAUGAAAAUAUAGAUAAAGAUUUUAAUAGGGCAAUAAAUAAUAUUUCAUAGGCAAGAGACCUGCUUAAAAACUCUAUUUAAUCAUUUAAAGCUGAGUUUAGAUUAUUUGAAGAUGAAAUUGAAGCAGUUGAAGGAGUUUUAUCAAAUAUAAAAAGAAAUAAUUUUUCAUAUGAUGAUACACAGUAGUUCUUAGAUUAAUAUAUUGAAAAAUCAUCAUUUUACUGCAGUUUUAAAGAUAUUAAUAAAAGUUAUCAAUUUUAGCUUCAUGCAAAGCAGUUUUUAGCCUACUUUAAUGAGUAAAGCAUAAAUACCAAUAAAAUAUUUGGAGAUUAGCUAAGAUAGGAAGGAAUGAUAAUGAAUUUGAAGAGUUUAAAUGGUUCAGCAGAGCUCUUGAAGAAUUAGGCUAGAAUUUUAUUAACUUCAAAAUAAGAUUUCUCUUUUCUAAACAAGUAAAUUUAGGAAGGAAGUUAUGUAGAUGAAUCGGAUAAAAUUGAAAUUAAAGAGUUAGCCUCAAAAUAAUGGAAUGAAGUUUAACAUAUUAUAGAUACAGCAAGCUCAGAAUUUCUUUAGGCUAUGCCAUAAAUUGAUUUGACAAUAGAUCUUUCUGUCAAAGCUCAUCAGAAAGAAUAGGUUAUUUCUUUACUGAAAAAUAAUAAGAAACUCAAAAGUUUUAGAAUCAAUUUAAAACAUUUUUAGCCGUUUGAGGAUGGUUCUUUAACAGAAGUCUUAAAUGAAUAUUAGUAAAAGCUAGAAAAUUUUGAAAUUUUGCAAGAAAGUGGAUCAUAUUAGGAGUAAUAUACUAGAAAGAUGUUAGAAACAUUGAAAUUAACAUCAUUAAGGAAGUUAAAAUUAGAUAUUACUUUCUUAAAGCCAUAAAUGCAUAAAGAAUUAUUAAAAUUAAUAUCAGAAAAUCAUUGGCUUGAGGAUAUCAAUUUGAAUCUAAGUAUGCAUGAUAUAAAUAGAUAAAAGAUAAAGGAUUACUUGACUGCGAUAUCUCAUAAUUAAAUUUUAAAGAAACUUAAGCUAAAUUUUAGUUGCAUUAAUAACCCACCUUAUAUCUCUUAAGACACAUUAGAACAAAUAAAUGACUUCUUUGCUAACAAUAAAGAAAUUUAAAUGUUUAUUAUAGGUUAAAAUAUAGAAUGUGAAUAUUACAAAGAAAUCCACAAUAUUUUGCAAGUACAUUAAAAUCCUAAUCUAAAGAUUCUAGAUAUAGAUGCCAAGCCUGCUCAUAAAGGGCUUUCAUUCUUAAAUUUAAAUAAUUAGCUGUAAGAGUUAUAGAAAUGCAAAACUAUCUUAGAAAAUAACCCUAACUUGAUAUCUCUAAAGUUACAUAACUUUGACUAAAAGUUAAUUAACUUCUUUGAAGUUAAGAAAAAAGCACUUAAAGUUAUAACGUAUCUUCAAUUUAGGAUGAGGAAUUAUCGUAAAGAAAUAGUAAAAGAAACAUUUUCUUUUCUUGAAGAGCCAAUUUUUUUAAGUUUAAGAGAAAAAAAGACCCCUGUAAAAAAUAGAGCCUUAAAUAUGUUUUGA